AUGCAUGAUAUGCACUGCUUGAAUGUGUUGCGAAAAGCAAUAUACUUCAACAAAGACUAUUAUCGCCAGUUCGAGAAUGACACUUUGACUCCGGAGUGGGAUAGGGUCAGCCACGUUCGACAUUGUCUUGACAAUAUACGCGAGCGUAUCAUGUGCUCCGCAGAUACUAGAGUCAUUCCGACCGUAUGGCUGAGUCAAGAAGAGAACUACCCUCUCUUCGGCCGAGAGCACAAAUGCUACAGCUACGAUGCAAUGAUGGACUAG